AUGACUUCCACAGAUAAACCCUUGACCGUCGUGGUCAUCGGCCUCGGCCAGAUGGGUCACAGCCAUGCGCUGGCCUACCAUCACAAUCCUGGUUUCCAGAUCAUCGGCUUGGUCGACCGACGACGUCCAGGAAAGACAUUUCCCGACGAACUCAAAGACUACCCCCUUCUGUCCAGUUUUGAGGAAGCUCUCUCCCUGAAACCCGACGUUGUAUCCGUCAACACACAUACAGCGACUCACGCUGACUAUGCCGUUGCCGCAAUGGAAUCCGGCUCACACGUCUUCGUCGAGAAACCGCUGGCAGUAACAGUCUCCGACGCAGAGAGAGUCGUCAGUACAGCGCGGCGCACAAACCGUAAACUGGUCAUAGGAUACAUCCUGCGCCACCACCCAAGCUGGGUUGAGUUUAUUCAUCAGGCGCGCCAACUCGGUCCUCCGUUCGUCAUGAGAAUGAACCUGAAUCAGCGCUCGAGUGGUGAUGCGUGGGCGAUUCAUAAGCGGAUUUUGGAGGAUGUGAAGAAUCCCAUAAUUGACUGUGGGGUUCACUACGUGGAUGUUAUGUUGCAGAUUACCGAUAGCCAGCCUGUGCAGGUACGCGGUAUGGGACUGCGGCUUAGUGAUGAGCUCCCUCCAGAUCAAGGGCAGGUGAAUUAUGGGCAUUUGCAGAUUCUGUUUGCUGAUGGGUCGGUCGGCUGGUACGAGGUUGGAUGGGGACCAAUGAUGUCUGAGACGGCAUACUUUGUCAAGGAUAUAAUGGGGCCGCGUGGUUCGGUAUCGAUUGUGAUGGACGAAAGUAAAAAGGCUACUGCUGAUGGUGAGGAUGGCUGCGGCUCAGCCGAUAUCAACAGCCACACCCGAACGUCGAAUAUACGCGUGAGCACUGUGGUCGAUGGACAGGCACGGAAUAAGAUGCUUUCUAUGGAGGGGGAACCGGAUCAUUAUGAGCUUUGUGCGCGUGAGCAGCAAUUCCUGUUGGAUGCGAUUCGUGAGGAUCGGGAUUUGUCAAAACAUAUGCAAGACGCGGUUAAAUCGCUCGGUAUUGUUCUUGCUGCUGAUCGGUCCAUGCGUGAGAACCGUUCAAUUGACCUUGAAUAA